CUUUGUGGAGCGCUGCGGAGGGUGAGCGCGGGCCGCGGCCGCUGAACAAAAGAGCAGGGGCGCCGCCGCGGGGACCCGCCACCGACCGCCCGGGGCCGCGCCGGCCUCCCGCCCGCAGCCACCAUGACCGCCAACGGCACGGCCGAGGCGGUGCAGAUCCAGUUCGGCCUCAUCAACUGCGGCAACAAGUACCUGACGGCCGAGGCGUUCGGCUUCAAGGUGAACGCGUCGGCCAGCAGCCUGAAGAAGAAGCAGAUCUGGACGCUGGAGCAGCCGCCCGACGAGGCGGGCAGCGCGGCCGUGUGCCUGCGCAGCCACCUGGGCCGCUACCUGGCGGCGGACAAGGACGGCAACGUGACCUGCGAGCGCGAGGUGCCCGACGCCGACUGCCGCUUCCUCAUCGUGGCGCAUGACGACGGCCGCUGGUCGCUGCAGUCCGAGGCGCACCGGCGCUACUUCGGCGGCACCGAGGACCGCCUGUCGUGCUUUGCGCAGACCGUGUCGCCGGCCGAGAAAUGGAGCGUGCACAUCGCCAUGCACCCGCAGGUCAACAUCUACAGCCUGACCCGCAAGCGCUACGCUCACCUGAGCGCGCGGCCGGCCGACGAGAUCGCAGUGGACCGCGACGUGCCCUGGGGCGUCGACUCGCUCAUCACGCUCGCCUUCCAGGACCAGCGCUACAGCGUGCAGACGGCCGACCACCGCUUCCUGCGCCACGACGGGCGCCUGGUGGCGCGCCCCGAGCCCGCCACCGGCUACACGCUGGAGUUCCGCUCCGGCAAGGUGGCCUUCCGCGACUGCGACGGCCGUUACCUGGCGCCGUCGGGGCCCAGCGGCACGCUCAAGGCGGGCAAGGCCACCAAGGUGGGCAAGGACGAGCUCUUCGCCCUCGAGCAGAGCUGCGCCCAGGUCGUGCUGCAGGCGGCCAAUGAGAGGAACGUGUCCACGCGCCAGGGUAUGGACCUGUCGGCCAACCAGGAUGAAGAGACUGACCAGGAGACUUUCCAACUGGAGAUUGACCGCGACACCAAAAAGUGUGCCUUCCGCACCCACACGGGCAAGUACUGGACGCUGACAGCCACCGGGGGCGUGCAGUCCACUGCGUCCACCAAGAAUGCCAGCUGCUACUUUGACAUCGAGUGGCGCGAUCGGCGCAUCACACUGCGAGCAUCCAAUGGCAAGUUUGUGACCGCGAAGAAGAACGGGCAGCUGGCCGCCUCGGUGGAGACAGCAGGGGACUCGGAGCUCUUCCUCAUGAAGCUGAUCAACCGCCCCAUCAUCGUGUUCCGCGGGGAGCACGGCUUCAUUGGCUGCCGCAAGGUCACCGGCACCUUGGACGCCAACCGCUCUAACUACGACGUCUUCCAGCUGGAGUUCAACGACGGUGCUUAUAACAUCAAAGACUCCACGGGCAAGUACUGGAUGGUGGGCAGCGACGCGGCGGUCACCAGCAGCAGCGACACCCCCGUGGACUUCUUCUUUGAGUUCUGUGACUACAACAAGGUGGCCAUCAAGGCGGGCGGGCGCUACCUGAAGGGGGACCACGCGGGUGUCCUGAAGGCCUCGGCGGAGACCAUCGACCCCGCCUCCCUCUGGGAGUACUAGUGCCCGGCCCUGUCCUACUCUCGCCUCCCUGGGUGGGCCGGAGGCAGAGGCGAGCCCCUUGCCUUUCAAACUGGAAACCCCAGAGAAACGGUGCCCCCACCUGAUGCCCCUUGUGGACCCCUCCUCCCCCCACGCCCGGGUCCCCCACUCCCUGUGGGCCAGCAGCUCCGGCCUGUUCCCUGGAGGGACUUCAGACCCCUCUACCUUCUCCCCUGCCGUGGGCGACGCUGGCACCUCUUUCUUCUGACCUCAGACGGCUCCGAGCCUUAUUUCCCAGGAAGUGGCUGAGGAGAACUGGGGGGGCUGGGAGGCCUCCCGAGCCCCCACUGGAGGCGGGGCGUGUAACUGGAAUCUCCUGUCCCUUCCUGAGGCCCUCUCCCCAGCCCCUGGGGCCCUCCCUGGUGCACCCUCCCUGCACUGCACGAGGAGGGGCCCUGGGUGGGCUGGAACUCGCCCACCUGUGCUUUCUGGGUUGUGGCUGGAGGGCCGCCCCUCACCGAGUGUGGGGGCCCAGAGCGGCUGGGUUGGUGGGCACAGGGUCUGCCCACUGCACAUUCCAUCGGGGUGGGGGGUGGGGGCCACCCUGCCCCUGUCUCUUUCCUUUCGCCCUGGCCUGACUGGAAGCAGAAAAUGACCAAAUCAGUAUUUUUUUUUUAACGAAAUGUUAUUGCUGGAGGUGCCCCUGGCAAGCCUGGCUGUAGUGGUGAGUGGUCUUGGGGGUCCGGACCUGUACCCCACCUCCCCAGGGGCUUGUCUCAGCCCCCUCCCUCCUGGGCAUGGCUGGUUCUCUCCCUCCUGCCCCCCAGCCCCAGGCCUCCCUCACUGCCUCAGCCAGGGCCCCUGCUGUGACUGGUGCUGCACGUCUACCUGGGUCCCCUGGAGCUCGGACCCUCAGUCUCCUGGGCGGGCGGGAUGAAGCCAGGCACCGCCCUUGGCUGGGAGCCCUGGGGUGAUCCACACCCAGUCCCCAACCCCACCAGCUCCCUGUACCACCAUGCAUCUCGCUCUGGGUGUCUUGGUCUUUUAUUUUUUGUAAGUGUCAUUUGUAUAACUCUAAACGCCCAUGAUAGUAGCUUCAAACUGGAAAGAGCAAAAUAAAAUGAUGCGAGCCCGCA